UUUUUUUAAAUCAAGUAAAACAGGAUUAAAGGAGAAUGUCCUGUGUCUGCUACAUAACGUGGAAGGAAUGUGUCUUGUUGACAUAAUUCUCUACUCUAAAUGACAAGAGAAGAGCAAGAAGCCCCCGCUCCACUAAGGCUGGUACGUGAUCCAGUGACAAGCAGUGAAACUACAAAUCUCUGAGCAUGAAGUUAUCACUGCAUUCAUUCCUAAAAAAUAAAAUAUAUUUCUUCAAUUGGACAAUAUUUGAAAAGCUUAUCAAACAUAAUUGGCUGUGUUUUAUCAAGUUGAUGUAUUUGUAUAUAAACAUUAUGUAUAUAGUAGACAAAAUAUUCCCUUACUUGGUGUAAUAAUAUGGUUUAUGCUCAUUUCUGUAUUUUGUCAAAUGUUCAAGGUCAGUUUCUUGUAAAUGGCAGAGACACCACGGCAGUACUUGUUACAUACUGGGUUUUAACAACAUGAGAUGAAAAGAAAUAUAUAUAUUUGAUGAGAAUAAAGAGGUUGAUUUUGCACUUAUUAUUUUUACAUAGACAGCACUCAGUUCUAUGGGAAGUAAAGGAAGUAAAGCUAAUGUCAACAAAACACAAAUGCUAAAGUAUUUAAUUAAUAAUCUCAGAACUGAUUAAUGUGAGUGAUUUAAUCAGUGUGGGUCAAUCUGAAUUUGCAAUCAGAAACGGGGUGUAAACAGCUAGAGGCGGUAUUAUAAGGUGUGUGUGUGUGUGUGUGUGCCUUUAUUAAUUUGUGUUAGCUAUCUUUUAUUUAAAAUGACUGCACAGCCCAGCCUCUGUGCCUCAGGUUACCAACGCGCCCUUACGCUGUUUCCCUGUAAACUGAAUCAUCUUUGCCCUCACGAGCUGCGUCAAGCCAGCCACAAACACAUAGGCGUACACCGGAAGUUAAGUGGGACGCCCUUCAACGUAAAAGCUUAAUACUGCUCAACGCUUGUUGCGGAAUGUGCCUAUCAGAGAGGGUUUUUUUUAUUUUGAACCAACAACCAGAACUCACAUCCUGUCUGUCUGUUCACUGACUUGAUCCGUAACAACCACCGGAGGAGUGUUGUGGUACAAGACGCAAUUGGAGUCGCGCACUUAAACCAGAUGCCAGCAACCUCAGAGUUCCUCUGGCCUCAAAAUCAGUUAACCUUUUCUUUUCUGUCUGGACUGGCGCAAAAACACCACGGCCACAUUUUUUAAAAACAUUUAUAUAUGAAGAAUGGGCUGCGCAAUAUCAGGUCUGGCAGCAAAAGCGGAGUUUGGAGAGAGGAACACAGAGGAUGCUGCUGCUGCCGCGCAUCCCAGCGAGGGUCAGAUUCAGAUGAUCAAGGACUCGUGGAAAGUUAUCCGGGACGAUAUAGCUAAAGUUGGGAUUAUUAUGUUCGUCAGGUUGUUUGAGACACAUCCCGAGUGCAAGGACGUCUUCUUCCUGUUCCGAGACGUGGAGGACCUUGAGAGGUUGCGGACCAGUCGGGAACUCAGGGCACACGGCUUACGGGUCAUGUCUUUCAUUGAGAAAAGUGUGGCCAGGCUGGACCACCUGGACAGACUGGAGGCUCUGGCUCUGGAGCUGGGGAAAAGCCAUUAUCAUUACAACGCCCCACCUAAGUACUACAGUUAUGUCGGAGCAGAAUUCAUCUGCGCAGUGCAGCCCAUCCUGAAGGAGAGGUGGACAGCUGAGCUGGAGGAGGCAUGGAAGACCAUGUUCCAGUACGUGACCAGCCUGAUGAGGCAGGGGUACCACGAGGAGAGCACCCGACAGCGCCACCUCACACUCACCCCGAAGGACAGGCCGGAGAAGAGGAACACGGCGCUAUGAGACGCUUCCUCCCUCAAACCACAACUCAAGACUGUUUCUACCAGUGCAGCACAGAAAUGUGUCUUUGUAUAUAGUGUAUUUACUGUCUCGUUUUCUACGUGUUUACCACAGACAUUGUUUUACGAUUUUAUCCAGAAUGGACAACAAUCAUACACGCUGACUUUUAACAAAGCACUUUAUUUCUCAACUUAAAUUCUGCUGCAGUCCUUUUCCAUGAGAUCUGGACUCGGGAGCAUGACGAGACAAUACAAAUGAUCGACGUGUACUGGACUGUGGCUAAACCUGCCUUGUAACUGUGACAGACAGAAAUUAAUAUUAGAAGUAUCUCUGUAUUCAUAAGUCAAAAAAGACAUUCAGUAAAUCUAGAACUUUGAACUUUUUUGUGCUAUUUAACUCAAUCAUAACACCUUUCUUUGAAUUAACCACAUUAACUGAAGCUAUUCUGUACAUUAUAUUGGUGUUUUAAAAUCUAAGACGUCCAGUUUGACAGCUUGGCUUGGGUGUGUAGUUCAAAAACAAAGGGGCACAAAAUAUUCACUGUACUUCAAAAAGUAAAAUAAAAACAUAAAAUACAUUUCCUCUCCAAAAUGUCACGUACAAUGAAAUUUGACAACAUAAGCAAAAUUGAUCAUAUUUAGUUCUAUACUUCUGAGCACCCUUGCUGAAAUUUCAAAGCACGUUUAAGAAAAAAAAAAAAUCAAAUAACUGGGGAAUUAAACAUCCU